AUGUCGGCGAGGAGGAUAUCGGCUUCCGUCGUCACCUACAACGCCUGUAUCAGCGCCUGCGGGUGCGCUGCACACUGGCAGGUGGCAUUCAAGCUUCUAGCAGACAUGCCGGCGGUGCUGCUUACGCCGAGCGUGGUAAGUUUCAGCGCGGCUGCGUGUGCCUGCGACAGGGCUUUGGAGUGGCAGCGUGCGAUAUCGCUGCUAGCUUCCAUGAAGGUGGCUCGGGUGCGACCGAAUGUCAUCAUGUUCAAUACAGUCAUCAGCGCCACCGCCCAGCGGGGAUUCUGGCAGCUGGCUUUGGAACUUCUUGCCGACAUGCCCGUGGCCGUCGUUUUGCCUUCCGUCGUCAGCUACAGCGCAGCCCUGCGCGCCUGCGAAGAGACGGGUGAUUGGGAGGCAGCGUUCGGCCUCCUUUCCGAUCUUCAAGCCGCCCAGCUCAGCGCCAACAUCGUUACCUACAAUGCAUGCCUGGGGAGCCUCGGGACAGGUGCUCCCUGGCUGUUAGUCCUCUCAAUCUUCGCCAAGAUGGCUGCUCAGCGAGUUGCUCCGGACCUGCGGGCUUUCAAUGCUGGGCUUUGGGCAUGUGCACGUGCCGUGACAUGGCCUACGUCCCAGCAUCUUCUCGGCGCCUUGCGCGAGGAAGAGCUACAACCCGAUUCCUUCAGCCUCAGCGCUGCUCUUGCGGCCUAUGAAACAGGAGCAGGAGCAG